UGCCCCAUCUCUCAGUCGUAUCUUCAUUCCGUACCUGUAUAAUGCCAUUCUCUCUCUUCGUUACCUUGAGUUCGCUUUUACACAUCAACGCUACUGACAGGCCACCUUGAAAGCUACUAGAUACAACAAACAACCCAGAAUUCUUGAACCUACCCAAGAUCACAAAAUGCCCAUUCAGGUCGUGCGAAUGACAGAAGCCGAUAUAGAUGGGGCAAUUGAUACAAUACAAAAAGCAUUUGCAGAUGAUCCCUACAAUAAUUGGGUCUACCCUGAUCGCUCGAAGGUUGAUCUCACACGAAACCGCGUCUCGCUCACCCUUCGCUGCCGUUGGGGCAUAUCCCAUGGCCUCUUUUACGUCGCCCGCGAUUCUUCAAGCCCCACCAAAAUCCUUGGCUGUGCAAUGUGGAUGCCGCCCCAACCACGAUCGCAACCGGAAUCGUGGUCCUUAUACCUUUCCUACUGGUGGCUCUGGGUGAACCAGAUUCGUAUGAAUACCUGGUAUGGUCGAGGUGGGCUUAGCACGCAGCGAUACUGGAUCUGGAAGGCGCGGCAGGCGGAGGCGCAGAAGGAGCUCUGGACGGCCGAGAAAGGGUAUUACUUCUGUAAUAUUGUGACAGUCUUACCUGAGGCACAGGGUCAGGGUGUUGGGAGGAAGUUGAUGGAAGAAGUUCUUCGGAAGGCAGAUGAAGAGGGCGUUGAUUGUUAUUUAGAAAGUUCGAGGAAGGAGCCAAACGUGCCGAUAUACGAGAAGUUUGGUUUUGAGCUGGCGCGCGAGAUGGAGUGCAAGGAUGGCGAUGCAGAGAAAGAUGCAAUAACGCUCUACUGCAUGCUGAGGAAGCCGAGAGGAACUAGAGACAUGCGCUCUUGAAGGGUGUAGUGUAAGUUGGACGACGAACGUGCGGUCAUCGCUGGUGAGAGGCAAGCCUCAGUUCCGUA